AUGAAGUACUCUGUCAAGUAUGUUGGCUCUGGCCUGCUCCUGGCCUCCUUCGUUGUGGCCCAGGGCAACGACCUUCCUGAGUGCGGUACCAAAUGCAUCGAGAGCAUGCUGGGUAAGGCUCAGUCUCUCGGCUGCGUCGCCAACGACAAGGCCUGCCUCUGCCGCAACGUGGACUUCACCUACGGCAUCCGCGACUGCUCCUACCAGUCCUGCGGUGAUGAUGCCAUCGCCAAGCAGGCCAUCGACUACGGUGUUGAGAUCUGCCGUCAGGCUGGAGUCGCCAUCACUGCCACUCCUGAGGCCACUGUCACCAAGCCCACUGGCACUGAGACGGUCGUUGCUUCCCCUAUCGUCUCCAGCGUCUUCUCGGCCAUCACCUCUGGUGGCAGCACCUUCUCAACCCUCAUUGGAGAGACCACGAUUGUCCCCUCUGUCGGCACUGGCGGUGGCCAGACAGUGGUCCCCAGCCCUGUCUCGACUUCUACAUUCACUACUGUCGUCACCAGCGGCGAGUCCACCUUCACCACCACCGGUGAGACUACUCUCCUCGGCGUUGGUGGAGUUCCUGGUGCUACUGGCCUUCCCCAGUCGUCUGUCACGGCGCCUGUUGUUAGCACCAUCACCAACGGCGACAGCACCAUUCUCUCGACUGUCGGUCCCACCACCAUUCUCACUGGUGAGACUGAUGUCACCACCGCCCCUUCUGAGGUGAGCGAGACUGCGUCUGCGACUGCUACCCAGCAGGAGACCCAGUCCGAGACUGGCAGCGCCGCCAGCGCCUCCUCCACCGGUCUUGCUCCCAAGCAGACUGCUGGAUCCGCUGUUGGCAUUCUGGCUGCCGCCGGUCUUGCUGCCAUGCUCAUCUAA